AUGAGUAUAGCCAUAUCGAGAAAGCUGCUAUCUAACAGAAAGGCCUUGUAUGGUGAGAAAGAAUUGUGCAGCUCUGAUCCAAUCGAAAGCAUUGAUGACAUACUAUUCACCUUUGUUGCUGAGUUAAAUAAGUUGGGUUAUCAAUUUUCAGAAAAUGCGCAGGACUAUUUGAGAACACUGUCUGUCAAUGAACUAACAGAAUUCAGGUCCAUGGCGAAGACUGUUCUGGAGGAAGCUUUAGGUGCAGACGUAAAAUAUGUACCGUUGUUUCGCAAAUUCCCUGAGUCUAUUCCUGACAGAAGUCUGUUGGUAGAGGCAGUCUACGAAAGUUUAGGAGAUCUGACUCAUUUGCUGUUCUUCAACUUUUAUGGAUAUUGGUCAUCGUCCGAGUAUAAUGGAUCAUGGUUUGGUAGACAGUAUCCCGAUUUAGAGUUACAGGAGGCCAUUAAGCGUCCUGAAUUAAUCACUGGCAAAGAAUUGACGACAUUGGAUAUAGUCGGCCGAGGAGUGGUCUUAGAACUUUUCGAAAACCUCGCUAAUUCGAAGACUUCAACUUCUGCCUCUGACAAAGAAUUCAUCAACUCAGUGAUAGCCACUGGGAACGAUUGGAAAUCUUCUUUACCAGAAGUUAUUCCUAGCAAAGAAAACCUUGUGCACAUCAUUGGUUGCGCUGCUACAAAAUCUGGUCCAUUUGAUGAGGAAUUACAGAAAUUGUUUUCCACUCAUAUCAAGACUGCUACAGAUGUUUUACGUCUUGCAGCUUCGUUCUCUGGAUCAGAUGUGGCUUUGACUAAGCACACGCGCUUCAAAAUAUCAAAUUCUCAAAGAAAGUUCUUACUGUUCGCGUUAAACAAAUUGGAUCGUGAAACGGCAAUGGAGGAUAUACUGAGAUUUUUGGGCCUCUGGCUUGUAUUAGCUAAAUAUUUACAUGUCAAUGCUUACGCUAGCAGAUAUCCAAACGCAGCCAAAAUGAUCCAAACAAUUAGAGGAAACCAAAAAUCGAUAAAAACCUUCAAUAGAACAAUUGAAACAGCCUUAAGAGCAAGAAAGGACCUUAAAAAUGAAGGCAACAUGGAAAGCAGUUUAGAAUCAAUUAUACAUAUUUUGAAAGCAAGGCCUGGUGACUUUGCUCGUCGGUUAGAUCACCUUCUGCGUUCAUAUCCAUCUACAGAGCAUGCUCAAAUUGUAAUUAGCUUUUUGGAUGUUGCAUCGUCUGUAUCGACACCGCUACUUCUGAAUCUUUCCACUCAUUUUCAAUAUCGUCAUGAAAUAUCACCCAUACGUGUUUUCUUGCCAAAAGGCUCUGCAACCAACGCCAUUAUAGAAGAUGAAGACGAGCGCCAGACUUAUUCCUCAGAACUCUGUUCAAAUUUGUAUAAGGGCAUCGACUCUGUACUGAUAGAACGAUUCAGUAAAUUAGAGCCUUUAGGCAAUAUCUUUAUUGAUCCAAUAUUAGAGGAUUACAUACCACCAAUAGGAUUGCGGGACGCAUCAGAGGCUUUGCAUACUUUUGGCAGAGGGUCCAAGAUGCGAUUUGAUAAGAACUCCAAGGUAAUUCGGUUGUUCUUAUACUGGGAGAAUAUAAAGGAAACACAAGGCGCAGCACACGAAGGAAGGGUAGAUGUUGACUUAUCAUGUUUGCAGUUAUCAGAUAACUUCGAAAACAAAGGAGAAAUUGCGUAUUACAAUUUGGCUAAUGGCGCCGUCACACACUCUGGAGAUUUCACUGAUGCGACGAAUGGUGCCGCUGAAUUUAUAGACGUUAAGUUAGAUGAUAUCAAGGAAGCAUUCCCAGAAACACGCUAUAUUGCUGUGACAGUUAAUUCCUAUACUGGUCAAAAAUUUAACACUUUCACAGCUAAAGCUGGUUUCAUGAUUAGGGACAAUAUUAGUGGAGAACAUUUCGAGCCAAAAACUGUCGAGCAGAAGUUUGAUCUUCUAUCAGCUUCGAGAUUUAAUAUUCCAAUGGUGCUGGAUCUAUACGAAAACACAAUUAUUUGGCUUGACCUCGCCAUUUCUCAGAACAAGAUUUACAACGUCAACCUCCAUGAAAAGACACCACUUGUUGGAUCACUAGCCAAGUAUGCUCUGAACAUUUAUAGAGAAAAAUGCAACCUUUUAAAAUUAAUGCAACUUCAUGGCGAAGCCAGAGCCCAGACUGUAUCUGCACAGCACGAUCCAGAAAAAGAUUAUGACCAUUGUUUCGAUGAGAAUUUUGCAUCAAAGACCGAUGAGAUAGUGGGGAAUUUUCUAAUUUAG